AUGAACAUUUCUGAGGAAAAGUGGUCAAUUCAACAACCUCCUCAAGUUCCUCCUUCUCCUCAACAUCAACAUUCCACAAUGUCUCCACAGAUGAACGGUAUGCCUACAGACAACUUUAUGCAACCUUUCUCAUACGACAGUCAAGCAACGCAAGGCCAAAUGCAUUCCCAGCCAAUUUUCCACAACGAGCAUAGCACACCACCCGCGUUUUAUUUUGUACUUGGUACAAACUUGUUUGGGUUAUGCAAGUGGAUGUUUCUUCCCGCCGCGUGUUACCUUACACAUGCUUUAUGCCCUGAAGUCUUUGACGCUGCGUCCUGCCGCUCUCCUGCCUCCACUGCUUUCCUCCCUUUCUGA